AUGAGCACUUUAAAUAAUGUUGAUUCCGUCACCAACGACAAGCAGGGCAGCUUCAAGCCCUCGAUUGCCCCCGAAGGCCCCAUAACUGAUAAAGGCCACAAGCCAGGUGUCAAAGUUAACGAGGCUGAUAAGCGCCCCGAACAUCAUCUUCAGGCCUUUCCUCCAGGCACUGCCCCCGCCAGCAACUCAUAUACUCCGAAUGUCAAUGAUAUCGGCAGCCAAACAAAUAACCCCAAUACAUUCAGCGGUCAGGGUACAUCCGUCAGCAACACUCUGACUGGCGCCACAUCGCAGGAUGUGUAUGCCGGGUUUGGUAAGCCUCUCCAAGGGCAAAGUGGAGUCGAGCUCGCCCAUGAUGGCGCCCAUGGACGCAAGAAGCAAUCUGCGGGCCUUGAGGGCCUUGGGGGGUCCAUUCAAAACCGUGGGGUUGAGCGCACAUUCCCCAACCAACGCGGCAUCGAAAAAGAGGAGACUGCCAGCGGUACUCGUGGCAAUAAAGCCGAUCGCGCGGCUGAGGAUAUGGAGCCUGAAGGUGCUCAGACUCUGGAUGCUGAGUGGAAAUAUGAACCUUCUACCAAUCGAAACAAAUAA